AUGGGUAAAGCUAAAAAGACAAGAAAGUUUGCUGCUGUGAAAAGAACUUUAAACACAAAAAAAGAUCAACGUCUAACUCAAAACAACAACAACAACAACAACAAUAACAACACCACUACCAAAAAAUCCGAUGAUCCAGAAUUAACUCGUUCUAUUCCUCAAGUUUCAUCAGCAUUAUUUUUCAAAUAUAAUGAAUCUAUAAAACCACCAUAUCAAAUAUUAAUUGAUACAAAUUUUAUAAAUUUUUCUAUUCAAAAAAAAAUCGAUAUAAUUAGAGGUUUAAUGGAUUGUUUAAUGGCUAAAUGUAUACCAAUAAUAACUGAUUGUGUUAUUGGUGAAUUAGAAAAAUUAGGAUCAAAAUAUAAAAUUGCAUUAAAAUUAGCUAAAGAUCCAAGAAUUCAAAGAUUAAAAUGUAGUCAUAAAGGAAUAUAUGCUGAUGAUUGUUUAGUUAAUCGAGUUAUUCAACAUAAAUGUUAUAUUGUUGCUACUAAUGAUGCAGAUUUAAAAAGAAGAAUAAGAAAAAUCCCUGGAAUUCCUAUAAUGAGUGUUGGAGGUCAUUCUUAUGUUAUUGAAAGAUUACCUGAUGUGUUUUAG